UUCAACCUCAUUAAUUUGAUUGAUUUUCCCAAGCGUCUGAUUACUAGAGAUCUCUGUUGGAUUGGAUCUGGUAGCUCUUCGAUUAUAGAUAGGGUUUGGAAGGAAGAGCAUAGAGAUAUAUAAUGCGGCUGAGCUCCGAGCUACUCAUCUCUUUGGUUCCUUCGUUGACUUUUUCUUAUUCUGGUUUAUCUUCUAAUCGUUUGAAACCUCUUCAAAAAAGUGAUUGGCGUGGUAAUCUUAGUUGAAGUUUCGUUCCUCUCUUAGAUCUUUUUGUCUUUUGCUCCAUCGCUCACGGUUUUUCUUAGCUCGUUUUAAAAACAAAACUAAUCAAAGAAGAAGAAGAAGAAGCUUGUUUCACCAGUGAUCUCUCACGUUACGGUUUGCUACAAUUGGAUAUGAGCUCUGUUUGUGGUGGGUUGGAUUACAAAGAUGCAGAGUCCCACAUCUCUGCUUCGAGCCCCAAUAAAUGUUCUAAUAAUGGCUCCAAUCAUGUCUCUGUUACCGGAUCUGAAGAUGCUCAAGAGUCUGAUGGGGAUGAUAGUGGUAAUAUACACCAAUAUCUGAAUGAAGAAUCCAAAGACAUCACCACAGAGCCUUUAUUACCUCUCAAGUCUUCCGAUGAUGAAGUAGAAGACAAGAACCUUGCCAAGGACAUGUUGUCUGAGAGUCCACAGGUGAGUGCGGCUAUUGUCAUCCCAGCCAUUAAAGGCAGCCGAGAGAAGCAUGGCAAGUCCGUCGAGAAGCUGAGCGUGUCAUGGGCUGAAGAUGUGUAUGAUCCUCCACCGUCCAUCGUCUCUCACACGAGGAGCAAGAAACAGCAGCAACAUCAGAAAUCAAAGAGCAGUUUGAAAAAGAGUGGAAAGAAAGGACACAAGGGAAGCAGUAGUUCAUCAUCAUCCCGUGGCAGCAAAGACAAGAAGUCCUCUUCUUCUUCUUCUUCUCGCAGCAAACACAGUCGUGAUAAGUUUGGAUGGGCAACACAAAUGCCUAUUGCAGCCGCAUCUUCUUGAAUCGUCUAUGGCAUAUGACCAUCUCUACUUUGCUAUGUCUCCUCUCUCUCUCUCACUCGCUUUCUCUCUUGUUUAUUUUUAUAUAUAUAAAUAAAAGCUAUUGUAUGAAAACUUUUCUCGAGUUUCAGAACGAUUUUUGUUUUUUAUUGUACGGAAUCGAGUUUGUUGUUAUAAGGAAUUACCACUUGUUUUGUGUUAGAUUGUGUAUGGGGGUUAAAGACGCUUUGUUUACUUGAUAUUAUGAAUAAAUAGGUGUGGUAUA